AUGGCGACACAACAGAUCCUGUUCGCCGAGACCGUGGCCGCUAUGAAAAAGGCCCUCAAACGCAAAGCUUACGAAUCCGACUCUGACGACGAGAUUGACCACUACGGGAACCGCGGCCACAAGCUUAAGAAGCGAGCCCUCUUCUCUCAUCAAGGCCAGCUGGUGCCUCCCACUGGCCCCGAAGUCUACAGCGAGGUGAUCGACUACGCUGGGCAGCAGCGUACAAUAAUCAGUCGCAAUCCCCCGAUUGUCGACGACGAGGGCUACGAGAUUGACAGCGACGACGACGAGGAGCGCAUUCAAGAAGCUGUCGCUUCCGCCACAGAACUCGACCCCUAUGCCAAUAUUCGCAUCGAACAGAUUCUCGCCCCAUUGACCGCGUCGACCGACCUCCCGACCCAUCCCACCCUCUCGAAACCAUUCACCGCCAAGACCCUGAACGAGAUUACCGACCAGGGCUGCGAAGUACGGCGCAAGGAGAACAGGUCGCUUUGGAAGGUCAAGCACCUCUACACAAGACUAUGCGGCGACUUCACCUGGGUGCCGUGUGGCAUGAUGGUGGCGCCGGACGAUGUGGAGCUCUACUCGUCCGAAUACCUGGAGCGCGAGUAUUUGCGCGGCAUGAAAGUCCUUCCCGAAAAGUCAGAGGUCUCACCAGCGACACUGAACGGCGACGCGAUCCCCGGACAAGCGCCGAACGGCACAAAUGGGGAGCCCUCGGGCGACAAAGACAGCGGGGACGGGGACGUCACAAUGACUGACGCCGCGUCAGACAAGCCGGAAGGCCGCAAACCACUGCCGGACAAAUCCGCAAAGGAUGGUGCCAAAGCGGAGGGCGACACAUCGAAGCCUACCAACGGGGAAUCAUCAACCCCUGCAAAAGAGGGAGAGGAGGCCACUGUCGACAAGAAGCAGAAGCAAAAGGCUACCGACGUAGAGAUGCGAAACGCAAGCGCAGCUCCUCCAUCUCCCCACGGCACAGAUCAGGCCGGCCGCAACGGCACAACUGCGCCGUCAAUAUUGUCAGACCAGAUGGAAGAAACCUUUGUUCACCCAUUCUUCCGGCCGCCUCCCAACGUCCGUCCAGACCGAGAUGUGGGUCUACCGGACCCCGAAGCCGAGGAUAUCCGCCGGUUGCUCGCGCUGUACGUGCAGAAGCAGGAGGAAAUCUGCCGUGGAACGACAAAGCUUCACGAAGGCCUUCUCAAGGCCAAUCGCCUGCGCAAAACGGUGCUGGCAUGGUCCAAGGCGGAGGCGCACAGCGGGCCGAACAGGGACAUGUCGGACGGCGAGGACUGGUACGACAAGGAGGAAUGGGGCUUGACCGAAGACCUCAAGAAGGGCCAGGACGACGAAGAGGAAGACACGGGCACAGUGGCCAAGAAGACUAGGAAUCGCAGGUGA